AUGGAGUCUGCCCAAGUCAAAAGCACAGGCGACACAGCAUUUCUGCUUGAGCAACACACCCCUGAAGCCACUCCGAUCGAAGAGAAGAAGGCGCCCAUGAGCGAAACCAAUCCCAUCGAGGCUGCCAAAGCCCACAUAACCGCUUCCACCACAGACCCCGCCGAGAAUCACUCGGCCGCGACGACUCGCGAUUCUGCCACCUCGGCGACUAGCGACACUCCCAGCAAGACGACGACCAACGUCUACCAGACCGACGACUUCAGUCAGAAGUCCGUUGGAUCGGCGACCACCACCAGCGACAAAGGCGACACGACGAGCAGCAGCAAGCUCGACGCUAGAAGCAGCUACAGACCCGGCUCCAAGGCUCUUGACCUCCCUCCGCAAGUGACGGCCACCAACCGCAAUUCCACCGUGAGCGACUCCAGCACUGCCCCUCCGCUGCCCGUGACGACCUCUGCCUCUGGUCUGUCUACUACUGCUCCGCUACCCGUGACGACCUCUGCUUCCCAAGUACCUCUGCCCGUGUGUCCGGACCCCACCGCUCAUCGCGACACCAGACUUCAAGAGCAGGCCUCGACUGCUGCUUUAUAUGUCACUAAGACUGGCAAGAGCACAAAGCAGAAGGAGGAUGUUCUCGACGCUAACAACAAGCUUUCGUCGCGCAGUGCCGCAGCGUCGCUCAAGUAUGCCAGUCCUCGAGACCUUCCCAGCUACCCUAUCGUCGGCAUCGAAACGACCAACUCCGCCCAUUCCGCUGCCAACUUGGCAAACUCUGGACACAAGCAAUUUGAACACUGGAAGCCCGACCCGUCUAAGAAUGCGGGAAUCGCAGCAAUGGCUGCAAAGGACUACAAGAUGGCACCAUUGUGGAAACCAGAGUUGAGCGCAGCUGGCUCAAAGGCUGCUUUACUUGCACACAAAGAUGGCCCCAAACUGAACCUCUGGCAGCCCGAGGCUUCGGCCGAAGGAAACUCUGCCGCCGGCAUUGCUAUGAGCAAGGGCAACCUGGGUCCCAAGCUCGACUACGGCUACACCGAGGACGGACAUAAGAAGGCCCUCAUGGCUGCCACUGGUGCUUUGGGCAAGUCUCAAUCGACCAGAACACCUCCGGUCGAACAUCCUAGAUACCCUGAUUCUGCUAACUCGGCAUAUAACGCACUCAAUGCUGCUACCAUGGCUAACAGACCUUCGAACAAGUCACCUGCCGCUCAAGACUCGAAUCGCAUCGAGUCUGACGCCAUGCGCGCUGCUCGUGUACAAAACUUGGGUCGCAACGUACCGCGCGAGAUGUUCGGUGGUGCUCCUCCAGUCGACCUGGAGGUCGAAGAGAAGAAGAAGCAGGCCGCUCUCCGUGCUUCUGCCAUUUCAAUGGCCAAGCAAAUGUACGACCAGAGCGAGAAGAGAAGACGCGACCAGGAGGCCGCCGAAGUUCAACAACGCCUCGGAACCAGCGCUGCCACUGUCUCGCACAACCGCGUGCCUUCCGCAGCCUCGACUCAGCCCGAUCUACGCCAGCAGGCUGUGCAAUACAUUCACCUUCAGGAAGCUGCUCAGAAGCUUGCCAACGAGCGUCUUGCAAAGAUGGACCCUGAUGGCGCUGCUCGUUAUCGUGCUCACUAUGGCUACGAGCAACAGUCGCCUCGUAAUCGUUUGUCCCUGCGCAACCGUACUGGCAGAAACCGUGCCGACAGCAACCCCAAGCCCGUCCAGAACGAGGAUGACUCGUCUGACGACGAGUUCAGAUCGCGCAGAAUCCGCAACCAGAUGUCCUCUCUGAACAACUCGGUUGCUCAGCAAGACGAGAAGCGUAAUCAAGACCGUGCUGCUCUACUUGCUGCCGCCGAGAAAAGAGUUCAAGCUCAGAUGCACACUAUGGACGAGCAAGUCUUCCAACAGACAGGUCAGGUUACACCUGCGAUGAUGGAAGAGUGGGAGACCAAGGCUCGCGCUCGUGCUACAGCCCAGAGCGAGGACAGGCAGCGCAACUUCGGUAAGGUCAGUAUUGGUGGUGGAAAGUACAUGGACCAGUCUGAGCUGGACGCCAUUGCUCAGAGCAGACUGCAACCCACUCUUGACGAGAUCAACGAUAAUGCAGAGAAGAAACGCGCCAGAGAUGAAGAAAUUCGUCUUGAUCAAGAACAGAGAAGACGCACGCAGAUGAGCGAGAAGGAGCGUGAGAAGGAAGUCAAGGCUGAGACAAAGCGCCUGAAGGAUCAAGAAAAAGCCGACGCAAAGGCCGCAAGAAGAGCUGAAAAGGAAGCUGAGAAGAGUCGCAAGGCUGAGGAGAAGCAAGCUCGCAAAGAAGAUAAGCGCAGAUCCAAGGAGAUCAAGAGGGAGACUGAAGAAGCCACCAAGGCUUCUGCCGCUGCCCACGACGCCGAGAAACCAGCUACUUCUGGCAGCGCCACGGCCGUUACUGACGAGCACUCCAAAAACGUCGCUACCUCCGACGGCGCUCCCCUUGAGAAGACCGACUCUCCAGAUAUGAUGACUAGAAUCACUACUGGCGGUACAGUCCACAGCACUCAGAGCGGCCUUCGUCCAGAGCUUGAUCGUCAUGUUUCCACUGUUGUUAGCUCCAGCUCUUCGAGCGCACGCAGCAGUCUCAGUCUUUCCAGCAUCGACGAGGAUGGGAACACACCAGCCGUGGCCAGCGGCACACAGGCCGUGGACAGCAAGCCUAUACCCUUGUCGGUUCCCGAGACUUCGGCCAAUGCUAUCGCUCUGCCUCCCGUCGUGGCCACUUCUGGAAACGUCGCUGAAUCGGUGCCUGUCGGACAUAGUUCUCCUGCGACCGCAAAGUCCGUACCCUUCCAAGGUCGCAAGUCCAGCCGUAUGAGUGGUUUCUUCUCUCGCUUCAACCGCAAGUCCAAGCCCGCCGAGAAGACCCAAUCCUCCGAAACCACUGCCGUCACCCUCCCAGCCACAGAUGCAAAGAAGAGCCUCUCGACCUCUGAGCCAUCGACCACCGGUGUGACAACAGAGGCUCCCGUCACCAGCGAUACAGUCUCGGACUCGUCGUUCCGCCGCCACGACACUGAUCUCCACAGCAUUUCCUCUGUGUCUAGCGAUGAGCAAUUGCCCACCACACGCCCCACUGCCCGCCGCGGACGCAGCAGCAUCAGUGCCAUUAGCGGCGACGAAGACGAGUUCGAAGAGGCACGCGACCACUUUGACGAAACUCUUGCUCCCCCACCUACCUNNUUUGGCGGACAGCAAAAGACCCAAAGCCCGGCCCGCGAGACCAAGUUCCAAGAGGAGUUUUAG